GCUGGUUUCCACUUCUGAGAUGAGGACUACAGGUUUCCGGAGGAGAAAGUGACUUCUUCCAGGUAAGCUGUUGUUUUUUAUUAUUAUUUAUGUGUGGGGUUUUUUUUUUUUGCAAAAACUGGGCGAAGGCAGGAACCAAUGCACCGCACAGCGGCUGCACCCCAAACCUCCCCAAAUGCAGCCCCUGCCCUUUCUUCGAGAAGUCGGACUUCCUCCUUACCGGAGAGCGCCCGGGCAGUCGGAGGAGGUAGCUAAAGACAUGCGAGAGCCGCCACCGCAGCCACGGCGCCUCCCGGACUGUGAAGGCGGUUGGGAAGAAGAGGCCCCCGGCAGCGCGAGGCGGGAAGCAAACGCCGCUCGGCGCCGGCGCAGCUCCGCCCACCCCUGCGCGAGGCCGCGCGCGCCUUGGCGGCUUGCACGGAGCUUGCCGAGACUUUGCGUCGCGCCAUGCCAAACACCGCUGGGAUGGAAGCGGAGCUGGCCUCCUCCUCCAAUGCACCGACCCUGUGCACAUGUUUGAGUGAAGAGUUCCACAUUUGCCUCCUUCCUUCCUUCCACCCGAACAUGCAUAGCAUUGCCGUUUUGCUUAGGGUUGCCAUAUUUCCUGACGCCCUCAAAAUGGUUGAGCUUUUUUUUUAAGGAAACCACCAAAAUUGUUUAUCUUAUGAAGGCUUAACGGGAGCCAAAGCUCAGUCCCCAGGGUCUGCUUUAGAUGCUACAUCUAAAACAGGACAUAAUGAAAAGUGCCUCUGAGCAUGUGCAGAAUGUUAUUGUACGGGAAAGUAAUUGCCAUCUACUCUCACACUGCCCAAAACCCCCCCAAAAACCUAGCCCAAAAUUAGAGAUUUUAAACUCUUCCCUGACGUAAGGCAAGCCUAGUUUUACUGCCCGAUGCAAAUUUAUCUCAGGCUUUUCCGAUUGCAGUCAAUCGCGCUUCACAGCUUGACCCACCAGCUAAGCCUUAUUGCUGAUGCCCGGCCGCCACUGGGAUGUUUUUUAUAUUUGCAUCAUCCUUUGUCAUUUGCCAUUCUGGCUGCAGUUGAUGGGAGUCCAAAGCAUCUAUUGGGGAGCAUUAAAAAUGAGAUUCCCCUACCUACAAUUGAAAUAGCUAGGGGUCCAUUCUGUAUAACCACCUCAGAACAGCACCACCUCAUUUUGAAUUCUGUACAGUCCAAGCCCAGCCCCACCCCCCAUGUGUGUUUGCUUGUUUUGGGUGAAAACUGCCAACUAAGAGAAAUGAUGACGAUUCCAGGAGGAAAGAGAAAGACCUUGCCCUGGGAAACUCGUGAGCGUUCUCCCUGCCCUGUUGACGCUGUCUGGGCCAGCCCCAGACUUCCCAAGCUCUUUUGUAUCUGGCUGGAAAGAGCAACAUGGCUGGGGAGUAUAAGCUCCUGCUUGAAGGCGCCCAACAGCUGGUGCUUGUCUGCACCAAAGGUGAGAAAUACCUCCUGGAAGCUGGCAUGCAACAUCUGGCCGUGCUGGAAAACGGCAGCGUGGUGAUUGGCAAGUAAGUGAAUCUCCCGGGAGGGGGGGUGUUGCUUGCUGGGGGCGGGGGGAGUCUCUCCAGCAGACUCUCUCUCCAAUGGGAAGGUUUCUGUUAGUUUGUUUUUGUACUGACCUUCUCUAACGACAGGAAAAUAAAUGAAGUUUUUACAGAAAAAAUAAAACAAAAUUAUUUUCUGUCUCUCUUCUGACAGCCACCAGCUGACCAAAACGUAUACUCUUGAAAUAAAAAAAAGAUUAACUUUCUUAUAGCCAAUGAACUAAGUCAGGGGUAGGCAACCUAAGGCUUGGUGGCCCAAUCACCUUCUCAAUCUGGUCCACGGACAGUCCGGGAAUCAGCAUGUUUUUACAUGAGUAGAAUGUGUCCUUUUAUUUUAAAUGCAUCACGGGGUUAUUUAUGGGGCAUAGGAAUUCGUUCAUAUUUUUUUUCAAAAUAUAGUCCGGCCCACCACAUGGCUGAAAAAGGUUGCUGACCCCUGAACUAAGUUGUUAGUUACUUUGGACAAGUAACAAUGUGACAGUUAAUGCAUUUUAAUUUCCUGUCUACACUGAAGAAUCCAACAAUGAUGCUAGCUAAAUAACUUGCUAAAGAAGACAUUGGUUUAAGUUUUAAGUACAUUUGCUUCAGAAAAGAAGUUUUAGAUCGGGGUAUAAAAAUUAAUGGUAAGCGUUUUGGUCGGUUUAUUUUCAGAGACGGUUGUAUAAAGGCUGUGGGCGACUCAAGAGCCAUUCACAAGCAAUUUUCAGGAGCGUCUUUUGAAAAAGUCAUUGAUUGUUCAGGAAAAUGCAUCUUACCAGGUUGGUAUCUAAUAUUUCAGAGUUCAACACACCAAGCAGAAAAAUGCAAUAUUUAUGGAGGCAGAGAUGUUAGCUUUAGUUAGUCUAACAUCCUCUGAAUUAUUUUCCUUUGGAAUAAAAUGUGAUGGCUCCCCCACUGGGCUACCUUAGCACACAAGUGGGGACAAGGAGCUGGGGAGCUUCUGAAGAAAAUAAGUAUUGACUGUGUACUAUAGCUCUGUGUGUGGUAAACUACACUUCCCAUGAUUCUUUGUGGGAGGGGUGUGCUUUAAACAUAUGGUGUGCACAUAGCCAUUAGCCUGGAUUUUGAGAAACUUAAGUCUAUGACCCUACUUCUUUCCAAAGUGCUGUUUGAUCUAGCAUGGACAAUGGGACAGCCGCACAUAAUUGGCUAGUAAUGGGUAUGCUGAAUCAGUACAACUAGCCACUGAAGUUUAAGCAAAGCUCAGUUUAGAAAUAAGGUUGUCAGUCACCAUAUCUUAUCAAAAAGUCCGUGCAAGUUAGUGCCUAACAUAGGGUUGCCGUAUUCCCCAAAGUGAAAAGUGAGCUGGGGGGGUCAAAGUUAUUGAGAUUUUUAGGGGAACAUCUCCCUUCCCUUAAACAAUUAAGUUUUGGGGCGCUUUUUGCAAUUACAGCCACAAAUCUUUCAGGAUGACCUUCAGUUGCUGCCUCACAGUCUCUCCCAGCCUAACCUACCUCACAGGGUUGAUGUGAAGAUAAAGGGGAAGGGGCUUCGUAUGCUUUGCUGAGUUCCUUGCAGGAAAGGUGCAGUUUAGCAGAUCCUGAUCCUGCUUUGGUGCAUGUCAACAGCAGUACGGUAUUCAGAAAUUAAGCAUCUGAUUUUUUAAAUAUUUUUUGGGCCUGCUGGAAGUGAGAGGUGGAGAAAAUGUCUGUUGCUCAAUGUUUGUAUUUCAGGCAGCUUUUGAAGGCACAGGGUCAAUGACAUAGAAUAAAAGACCAAGCUCCCAUCUGGAAGCAUUCCAGUCAAAAUCCCAGGAAAUCCCAAGAGAAAGAGUACCGUAUGUGAAGAGUCCUGCUGAAUCUGAUUUCAGGUUUCAUCUUGUCUAGGUCUGGGUUUCUCUCGAUAGCCAGCCCAAAGUCAGCAAAGCAGAAAGUGGCAUACAUGGUUCUCCCCUUCUUCUUCUUCUUUUCAUCAUCACAACACCCCUGUGAUGUAUGUUAGCCAGAGGGAUGGUGAACGACCCAGUGAGCUUUAUGUCUGACUGGGAAUUUGAACCCUGGUCUCCCAGAACCUAGUCCAGUGCUCUAAUCACUACACUACACUGGCUCAUAAUAGCAUUUUAUAUACUGAAGGAUCAUGCUUUUUGAUAAUGUUCCUCCAAGGGCACAUAAAUAAAAUUAUUAACUGCUAAUGUUUCCUGAUUUUGUUUCCUAGUGGAUAUGUCUGAGAUUGUGCAGUUUGCUGUGUUUGUUUUUGUUUUUGUUUUUUAAAAAAACAGGUCUGGUAGAUGCACACACACAUCCUGUAUGGGCUGGUGACAGAGUCCAUGAGUUUGCAAUGAAGGUAAACUUACAUACUGUAAUUGCAAAGGAUUUCUUUUACCUGAGUCUACCUUCCUUUACUCUAGAUUAAAGUUUCCAUAAGGUGUGGGCGCUGACGUUUAAAGACCUAAACGGCCUUGGUCCUGUAUACCUGAAGGAGCGUCUCCACCCCCAUUGUUCAGCCGGACACUGAGAUCCAGCGCCGAGGGCCUUCUGGCGGUUCCCUCAUUGCGAGAAGUGAGGUUACAGGGAACCAGACAGAGGGCCUUCUCGGUAGUGGCACCCACCCUGUUGAACGUCCUCCCAUCAGAUGCCAUGGAAAUAAGCUAUCCUAUUUUUAAAAGACAUCUGAAGACAGCCCUGUUUAGGGAAGUUUUUAAUAUUUAAUGCUGUAUUGUUUUUAACACUCAACUGGGAGCCGCCCAGAGUGGCUGGGGAUUCUCAGCUAGAUGGGCCGGAUAUAAAUAUAUUAUUAUUAUUAUUAAAGUCUCUUCAUCUGUAAAAGGCACAAAUAUCUUCAUUCCAGCCCCUUCUUGGAUGCAAAUCGAUCUCUAAUAAGAACAUGGGAAGGAAUCUGCCUUACGCAGAACCAGACCAUUGGCUCAUUUAGCUCAGUAGUGUCUAAUGUGACCCUCAUUGUUUCUCCAUGGUUUCAGAAAGGGCUGUCUACCGGGAGAUGCUAGGGAUGCAACCUGGAAACUUCUGCAUUCAAAGCAACUGUUCUGCCACUGAGCUGUGAUCCUUCCCCUACCAGGACACUUUUGGAGAGCCAUUGCACUUCUGGGAUUUCAUUGCAUGAGGGGUAUAGUUUGCCCAUUAUCACAUGUUUAACAGAUAACUUUGUUUUAAAGUUGGCAGGAGCUUCCUAUAUGGAUAUUCAUCAAGCAGGAGGAGGGAUACAUUUCACCGUGGAGCACACUCGGAGUGCCUUAGAAGAUGAGCUCUUCAGCAGCUUCAGGCACCGGCUGCUACGCAUGCUCAGAGCAGGCUCCACUUUGGUUGAAUGCAAAAGUGGAUAUGGGUUAAACCUGGAAACGGAAGUUAAGAUGCUGAGAGUGAUUGAAAGGGCUCGGCGGGAGUUGGACAUAGGCAUUUCCUCUACUUACUGCGGAGCUCAUUCUGUUCCUAAGUAAUGUACCUAUUCUCUCUUGUCAUUUUAAGCGCUGUGCUAGAACACAAUUGAAGAUUAAUUGGGUCACUCGUUGAACAGUUCUUCUGCAAAACAGAACAUACCUAAUUCUUGCAGUGCUUCUGUUUGCCAUCUACUAUUAGAGUGAUGUGUGGAAGUGCCCCAAGAGAAUAUUCAAGCAUAAUGAAGACUGAGGGAAAGUGCAAAGCCUGAGAUGUGCCUGACAUUUCCUGUAAAGCAUCUGAGGGAGAAGAAUUAUUAUUAUUUAAUUCAGAUGUGACGGAGGAGAACACAGCGAGAAGAAGUUUAAGGCACCACUUGCAUUUGCAAUGUUACCCUAACCUCUUUCAAAAUCAGCUGGAACAUAGAAAGGGAAUCUUGAACUUAAAAGAGAAAGAUAUUGUUUAAGGGGGGAAUAAAUCUCUGAUAUAGAAUCUGGCAGGCAGGAACCUGUGGAACAACCUUCCAUAGCAUCAGGGCCUGUGGAGUCAAAGCCUGGACCCUCAGGGGCAGCUUCUGCUGCAUGUGAGGAACCAAAUGCCUCCCAAGGUAGCUCACAAGCCUAGCCAUGUAGGGAGCCCACCAGAAAGUAGCCCUGGAUUUCAGGCCAGAGGGAUGGCCCUUUAAACAACUAAGUUAUCCACAAAGGGCCAGAGUCUGCUCCCCCUCCAGACUGGUGUUUUAUGUGGGUGUAUCCUGCAUCAUGGGACGCGGGUGGCGCUGUGGGUAAAACCUCAGUGCCUAGGACUUGCCGAUCGUAUGGUCAGCGGUUCGAAUCCCCGCGGCGGGGUGAGCUCCCGUCUUUCGGUCCCAGCGCCUGCCCACCUAGCAGUUCGAAAGCACCCCUAAGUGCAAGUAGAUAAAUAGGUACCGCUUUAUAUAGCGGGAAGGUAAAUGGCGUUUCCGUGUGCUGCGCUGGUGCUGGCUCGCCAGAGCAGCUUCGUCACGCUAGCCAUGUGACCUGGAAGUGUCUCUGGACAGUGCUGGCUCCCGGCCUCUUAAGUGAGAUGAGCGCACAACCCUAGAGUCGGACACGACUGGCCCGCACGGGCAGGGGUACCUUUACCUUUACCUAUCCUGCAUCAUAUUCUUAGCAUAAUAAUAGUGCAUUAGUCGUGGGUUUAUUCUGCUUUAGUUUGUGCUUCAGUGGUUUCCCACGUUAUUGCUAUCCAGAGGGGCUACAGCGCAACAAAAGCAGGACAAAAAUAAAUGAGAACAUUUGCGAUAUAAAAAUUUAAAGGAUUUUUAUACGGGAUAUGCACUGGUUGUAAAACAGUGAGACCACCCUAAAACUUUUGCAGGCCACAUGAAAACUUAAUCUUUUGGUUUUUGUUGCAUUGUCUGUUGAAUAGGGGGAAAAGUGCCAUUGAAGCCACAGAUGAUAUUGUUAGCAUCCACCUUCCUAAACUGAAGCAACUGGAGCUUAAUGGUGAAAUUCAUAUUGAUAAUAUAGAUGUUUUCUGUGAGAAGGGAGUCUUUGAUCUGCCUUCGACCCGAAGAAUUCUUCAGGCUGGGAAAGAUUUAGGGUUACAGAUCAACUUCCAUGGGGAUGAACUGCAUCCAAUGAAAAGCGCUGAGGUACUUAUAUUGAUAUAUUACAUAAUUUUAUUUGUAUGUCACCUUUCCACAGCUCAAACUAUGCCCUAGGCAGCUUACAACAUGAAAAAUACAUACCACAACAUAACCAAAAUAGUAAUAAACAAUAAAGAAAAAUUUAAAAACACACACAACCAAACUGAAUGAUUACCACACAAAUCACACCAAAAUUUAAAAUAAAGAUACAAAAAACCCUCACCCAACAGCAACAACCCCCCAAAACCAACAACACCCCACCCCAAGAAUCUGUUCGGCAGCCUCAGCUUUUGUAGCUGGAGUCAGUCAGGGCCCUGCCCAGGCGGAAAAAGACCUGCAAGGCAGGGAACAGGUCUUCCAGCACUCACAGCCAAGGUGGUUGUCUUCACUGAAGGAAAAAUCUUACACGAAUUCUGAUUUGGCGUUAGCGUAUUGGAAGCACCACGGCACAGUUCUUUAUUUCUGCAGUACCUAAGUUAAAAGAAAAUGUGAGGUUGAUGGAGUUAGCGAGAUGGACUUUCUGACCUUUGCUUUUUACAUCCAUUCAAACAUUGACUUUGCUUAUCUUUUCCUUGUGAUGUAAAAUAAAAAGAGGAGCAUCUGACGAACUCUUUCAUUAGCGAUAACAUUGCUAGAUACACAUACACAUUUUAAUAGUUAAUGUUUGUGUCUUUAAUAUCUUUCAUAGGGUACUUUUGUUUCACCAGUGGUGAUUACAAUGUAGUUAUAACUGCUAGUUCUAUAGUAUUUUUCAUUAUUAUUAUUAUUUUAUUUUACUAUUCGUACGUGCAGAGGUGGAGCAAGGUGGGUAUGGCCCACCCCAGGUGUCACCCCUGAGGGGGGGUGACAUCGCCGCGCCACCCCCCCAGGACACUUGGUGCGAGCGGCACACCCCCUGGGACACUUACACCGCCCACAGGUGCACGCCGCUCCGGGUACUGGAGCAGCUAGCUUCACCACUGCAUACCUGGCCCACCUUACCGGGUCGCCCUAGCCACUCUGCCAAGACAGGAUGAACAAACCCGAUGCCUGGCCUGCCAUGCUGGAGGGGAUUUGGAAGUGUCAUAGUUGUCCCUCUUCCCAGUCCUGCCUGCUCCCACUGGGAGGGGAGCUGUAGCAUUUAUAAAUGCCUCAAUUCUCCUGCCCAGGCAGGUGGAAGCUGCUACUGGCGGUAACCAGUGGUAACCCCCGAAAUGGGGUGUUUCAGGGCAGUGAAGGGUCUGUGCUGAGCCAGCACAGGAUCUGCUGGAUCCUGAGCCAGGCCUGCUGCUGUCACAUGAUGGUACAGGGCAUGAUCCAAGCUUCUUUGCUGCCCGGGCUGGUGCAGCAAAUAGAUUUCCCCCCAACCCUCCUUUCCAUUCCGACUGGUGUGAGUAGCAGGGCUCUGGUUACACUGCUGCAUUAAGCCCCACUUCAAUCUAGAUUGAAAGCAGCAAGUUGAAGCUGAGCAUAAAUGAUUCUGGGCUGAGGAGAACUGCAUUUUUGUGCUCUAUAAACAGGUUAUUGUGUGUGCAGCCUUACGGAUAAGGGAGGUUCUUAUGCGACUGACUUUUAAUUCAAACCUUGCCUUGGCAUCUGUUUAGCUUGGAGCUGAGCUAGGAGCUCAGGCUGUCAGUCAUCUAGAAGAAAUCAGUGAUGAAGGUAUUGCUGCAAUGGCCCAGGCGAAGUGUGCAGCUGUCCUCUUACCAACCACUGCUUAUAUACUGAGGUAAUCAUAAUUCUAAUAUGUAUUGCUAGGCUGUAUUUUACUGUUAUUUGCUAUUCCUUUGGGAAAAUACGUAUUAUCUUUUGAAAGAAUGCAUCCACUGAACAACUGCUGCUAAGAGUGAUCCUCCAAGCCUGCAAAAAGUUGCCGGUCUUUUAUUAGAGCCGAUGGAGAUGCUUUGUAGUUCAAUCUCUCUCCCUCCUCAUGGAAUUGUUGUUGUUGUUGUUUAGUCGUUUAGUCGUGUCUGACUCUUCGUGACCCCAUAGACCAGAGCACGCCAGGCACUCCUAUCUUCCACUGCCUCCCGCAGUUUGGUCAGACUCAUGUUUGUGGCUUCGAGAACACUGUCCAACCAUCUCGUCCUCUGUCGUCCCCUUCUCCAUGUGCCCUCCAUCUUUCCCAACAUCAGGGUCUUUUCCAGGGAGUCUUCUCUUCUCAUGAGGUGGCCAAAGUAUUGGAGCCUCAGCUUCAUGAUCUGUCCUUCCAGUGAGCACUCAGGGCUGAUUUCCUUAAGAAUGGAGAGGUUUGAUCUUCUUGCAGUCCAUGGGACUCUCAAGAGUCUCCUCCAACACCAUAAUUUGUAAGCAUCAAUUCUUCGGCGAUCAGCCUUCCUUAUGGUCCAGCUCUCACUUCCAUACAUCACUACUGGGAAAACCAUAGCUUUAACUAUAUGGACCUUUGUUGGCAAGGUGAUGCCUCUGCUUUUUAAGAUGCUGUCUAGGUUUGUCAUUGUUUUUCUCCCAAGAAGCAGGCGUCUUUUAAUUUCGUGGCUGCUGUCACCAUCUGCAGUGAUCAUGGAGCCCAAGAAAGUAAAAUCUCUCACUUCCUCCAUUUCUCCCCCUUCUGUUUGCCAGGAGGUUAUGGGCCCAGUGGACAUGAUCUUAGUUUUUUUGAUAUUGAGCUUCAGACCAUAUUUUGCGCUCUCCUCUUUCACCCUCAUUAAAAGGUUCUUUAAUUCCUCCUCACUUUCUGCCAUCAAGGUUGUGUCAUCUGCAUAUCUGAGGUUGUUGAUAUUUCUUCUGGCAAUCUUAAUUCUGGCUUGGGAUUCAUCCAGCCCAGCCUUUUGCAUGAUGAAUUCUGCAUAUAAGUUAAAUAAGCAGGCAGACAAUAUACAGCCUUGUCGUACUCCUUUCCCAAUUUUGAACCAGUCAGUUGUUCCAUAUCCAGUUCUAACUGUAGCUUCUUGUCCCACAUAGAGAUUUCUCAGGAGACAGAUGAGGUGAUCAGGCACUCCCAUUUCUUUAAGAACUUGCCAUAGUUUGCUGUGGUUGACACAGUCAAAGGCUUUUGCAUAGUCAAUGAAGCAGAAGUAGAUGUCUUUCUGGAACUCUCUAGCUUUCUCCAUAAUCCAGCGCAUGUUUGCAAUUUGGUCUCUGGUUCCUCUGCCCCUUCAAAAUCCAGCUUGCACUUCUGGGAGUUCUCGGUCCACAUACUGCUUAAGCCUGCCUUGUAGAAUUUUAAGCAUAACCUCAUGGAAUAGCUGCUUAUAAGUGACAAUUUAGGGACCUACAGUCUCAUCUCUCUCUUUUCAUAUCUCCCUCUCCUGGAUUCUGAUAGAAUCAUAUAAUAUUGCUGAAGUGGUUUGCUGCAUUUUACAUUGCAAUUCAAAUGGUAGUAACCAUUGUUUUCUUUUACUUUGCAGAUUAAAGCAGCCUCAAGCUAGAAAAAUGUUAAAAGAAGGAGUGAUUGUUGCUCUUGGCAGUGAUUUUAACCCAAAUGCUUAUUGCUGUUCUAUGGUAAGAUGUUUCUUUAGAGCAGAUGCAAAAUUAAUGUUAAUUUUCUUCUGUCAGUUUGAGUGUCAGGCUUGGAGUAUUGAUUAUUGCCUUGAUUCCUUGGGAAUCCUAUUUAAUUUUCUGUACUAGCAGGACAGUUGAGUAGAUCACAUGAAUUUAAAUACACACACUAUUGAAUUCACACAUGAACUCUGGCCAUUGAAAAGCAGCUUCUGCUUGGAGCUGAUGGUUAUCAAGCAGGAUAUUGGCUUUCAGCACAGAUAAGCCCUGUCUUUCUUGCAGACAUGAGCCCUAUUCAGGCAUGAGAUACGGACAGCAGAAACAAGCAUACUCAUUCCACAUAAACAUACGCAUCACCUUUCCAUUCAUUUGUCAACUUGUAGAGGGCAACUGUCUGCAACAGAGGCCUUCUGUGCUUGUGAAGUCCCCCCACUCAUUUUUAAAACCUUGGGGAAUCAGGAUUCUCAAAAGUCCAUGGAGUUUGAUCUCCAGGUCACACAAGGCAACAGGGAGCUAGUGAGUUUGUCUCCACAGCCCCACCUGCAGUUAGAACAGCUGAAGACCGUUACAGUUAAAUUAAUUUUACCUGUCACAGUGAACUCAGGCUUUCAGAUGGCAAUUCCAAUGGCUGACAGACUGUUGGUUUCUGUGCACCUAUGUGUAACUUCAGGCUUAACUACCUCUCUCUUACUAGCUCAUGGUUAUGCACCUGGCCUGCGUAAACAUGAAGAUGUCCAUGAAAGAGGCUUUAGCUGCUGCCACCAUCAAUGCAGCUUAUGCUCUAGGGAAAUCGCACAUGCAUGGCUCCAUAGAAACUGGCAAGCAAGGAGACCUCAUUAUCAUCAACUCACCAAGGUGAGGAUGCAAAUAAAUUUCAAAGGCCUAAUUAAUGCUCUGCAUAAGUUGGAAUGAAAAUCUAACAUUCGGAAUACAGUGGUACCUCGGGUUACAUACACUUCAGGUUACAGACUCUGCUAACCCAGAUUAGCACCUCGGGUUAAGAACUUUGCUUCAGGAUGAGAACAGAAAUCGCGCGGUGGCAGCAGGAGGCCCCAUUAGCUAAAGUAGUGCUUCAGGUUAAGAACAGUUUCAGGUGAAGAACAGACCUCCGGAAUGAAUUAAGUAUGUAACCAGAGGUACCACCGUAAAUUAAAUGCAUCAUGCAGUUUGGACUGCAAUGUUUGGGACAUUAUGAUGAGCAAUAAUUACUCAAUCCAAGUGCAGUAUUUGAGUCUUCUCCCAAUACAGAACAUAUUGACCAGACAUAAAGGGAAACCUCAAUCCUUUUAAAAAAAGUCAUACUUUUAUAUGCUAUUAACCCCCCACUUAAGACUUCUUUCAGUCUUUCUUACAGCCAUGUCUGUUGAAAGUUGUUCUUUAAAAAUAAACAUUGAAUUGUUCAGGAAACAAUUUUCUGGCACCAUGCCAGAGCCCAAAUUUCAUAUCAUAUAUUGUUGUGAACUAAACAUACCAUCAGUUUUUGUUAUUUAUUUAAACUGAUCGAUAUUUUCAAGUAUAUUUUAAUGUUGAUGUGCUUGUCAAUUUUAGAUUUAUUUGUGUUUAUUGUGCUUUUUUAUAUACCUAUACCAUGAGCCACCUUGAGUAGGCUGUGCCCCCAAAAGGCAGCAUAUAAAUAAAUGACUACAAACAUUCACAAUGUCUUUUCAAAACAGGCAUAUGAAUUGAUAGCAAUUGGCUCCUGCUUUCUAUUUAUCAGUCAACAUGUUAUGUUAAAACUAUAUGCUUUAAAACAGUCCUCUUGCCACAUUCCUGAUGUCGAAGGUGAUGUUAGGUAUGGGGCAGUUACAAAAGAACCACCAGGAGCUUAAUAUGAGCUCCCAGUUAUUCUUUCUGCAAGCUUGGCUCCCUGUUAGUGCUGAUGAUCACUGCCAUGUAACCCUAGUGGAGAGCUCUGUAGUCCAGCUGAGGGACUUACUAUCUCAAUUUAGAAGAAACUGUUUCCAUUCAAACUGCUUCCUCCAAAUGGAGCAUUUCUUCCACUGCGGAGGUAAAAUUGCUUUGUUUGGAGGAAGUAGUUUGAACCCAAACUGACUUCAAAGGGGCUCCCUGUAACUGCCAAUCAACAGUUACAGUGAUUGAGCUCCUUUGAACUUCUGCAUGUGUCAAUCACCUGGUGUCAUUAUGCUGCCUGGUGAUUGUCUAGUGAGCAGUCCCACCCACCUGUCAAAGUUUGCCUAUGGGGAGUGAGGAAUUAGGGAUCCAUCCCACUAACCAGAUCCAGUUCCCUACCCCUGCUAUAAAAGAUACUACUGCGUGUCAGUUUUAAGUUAUCAAGUUUAAUUAAUAGCAUAUAGCUCUGCUAUAUGAAACAACAAAAAUCCCUAUUGUGCACCUAGGGACAAAUGGGCAAGGAGGCUUGUUUGACACUAUUCUGCCUGCAUUGUUUAUUUACUUUGAACAUGCAGCUUAUCUAUCAUGCUUUCUAUUUUAGUCCUAUGCACAUGAGAGAUUGCUGUUGUUUUUCUAAAUUAUGAUUGUAACCUUUUAAAAAUCUUUAGAUGGGAACACCUGAUUUACCAGUUUGGUGGCCACCAAGAACUGAUUGACUACGUAAUUGUUAAAGGAAAAGUUGUUUAUAAAAACGACAGUGUUCUGGGCUACUGAGGAAUUCCAGAAGGAAGAAAUACAGCAGUUGCCAGACUCUCUGAGGCAAACACAGGAUGAUAAUCAGCAGGGUCUCACAUCUAUAAGAUCAUACUUCCUUACCGGUCAAAGCUCAAUAAUUUCACUGGUUUUUAUUUUAGUCCUCCCUUUGUAUUCGCAUGAGGAACACUAGGCCAUGUUCAUCUGCUUGGUAGUUUCAUGGUCCGCUAGAAAAUAAAACUACAUGUAUGCAAACAGUUAACUCUGAUUUUUUUUCCAUAAAUGAAGGUCCUCUUGUAUAAAGAAAUCAAAGCUCUGCAUUGCAGUGUGCCUACAUACACCUCAUAAUUUUUCACAGAGUUAAGAACAUGAGAAGAGUUUGCUACAUCUAGUCCAGCGUCCUGCUCACAGUGGUCAGGUGGGUGCCUUUGGGAAGCCCACAAACAGGCCCCGAUGACUGCAGGGAGUUCACAGAUAACAUUUAUGCAGUUGGUUGGACUUGAAUAACUACUUCCAUCUACCUAAGGUGGUUUAUGAACGUAUGUUUCCUUUGAGUAACAACCUCCUCUCCACAACAUGAUAUGUCGUUUAUAGAGAUGACUUCACAAAGCAAGAUUUAUAUGGCCCAGGAAUCAGCACAUUGGCUUUUUAAAUUUUUUUUGUAAGAGACCAAAGCUGGUAUGGUAUAGUCAUCAGUCUCUGACUAGGAUCUGGAAGGCCAGGGUUUAAAUCCUUACUUGGCCAUGAAGUUCACUGGGUGACCUUGGGCCAGUCACUGACUCCCAGCCUAACUUACCUCACAAAGUUGUUAUGGGGAUUAAAUGUGGGGAGAAACUAUGUAUCCCACCUUGUGCCCCUUGGAGAAAAGGGUGAGAUAUAAAUGCAAUAAGGAGGAGGAGGAGUCUCUGUAAUGAUUGCAACAUUAGAUUUAUUGUUUUUAUAAAUUAAAAAAAAGCUAGCUAAUUUUAAUUGGCUAAAUUAUAGUUUGAUGUUAGUGUGGUUAACUUAACUCACAAAAUGAGCCACAUCUCCACAGGUUUUGUCGCACCCACCCAUUUGCUACAGAUAAAUUUAACAUUCACCUUGUUUUUGUACAAAGUUCAGCCAUUGUGAAAUCAUUCAAACUGAUACGGCACUUUCUCUAUGCCCAUGAAUAUUUUCGGCUUUGGAAUCUUUUUAUUUUUUGGCCUUUGGCAUAAAGUACAGAAUACGGGAGUUAUUAAAAACACACAGAUUUUGCUAUCGACUGAAGUACUGGGGUUCAUUUCUGAUAGCAUUUACUCUUAAUCAAAUUCUUCUGAGUCGCUAUGAUGAUGUUGGUGGCGACAGCGUGAGGCGUUUUCACUUGCUGCUAAUGAAAAGGCAGUAGGGGAGAUUGGCCUGGACUCAGGAAGGUGCUCCCUUCUGUAUUUUUCAAUGUAUGGUUCAGCUACUUCCCAAACCUACAGGUAGGAAGAGAGAGAGAAAGUAGUGUCAGAAGCAAAAGGCAAAGAUUUAGAUUUUGGACCAAAAUAUUGGCAGACAACAUUUCUUAUACAUGAUCCUAAUCAUAUAUUUAAAAACCAUUGGUGCAAGUUAGCAAAAAAAAACUACUUUCAGUGGAAAUGUACAGUGCAAACAUCUGGACAAAGUAGCCCUGGUGGGUAUGCCCAGAUGGUGGUUUCUGAAGAGGACUGAUGUGUGUCCAAUGUACAUUGCCUCCAUACUCCAUUCCAUCACUCUCUACAAGGACACACAAGACCGGCUCUAUAAGGGAGGGAGGGGAUGAGGGAGCUGCAUUUUAUGGUGGGCCCACUCUUUAGCAAACAAAUGCCAAACACAGCACAGGAGGCUGCUAUCAUUUCCACCCACCCCCUUCUCACAUGCUGGAACUAAUACUUGAGAAAAAUAUAUCCAGAGGCUGUGCCUGGCUUUAGAAGACUGUCAGGGACUCAGAUAUGCUGAGGGAUGGCUUUGUAAUAUGUAUACUAGCCAGAUGGAGCACGUGCAACAUGUUCUUUUUGAACAAUAAAACACACUCAACACAGAAUGAUCAAAAACAAGAUUCUCAUUUCUUUAUUAUGAACUUCCUGUCAGAAGCUCAAGCUUCCUGCAGACAUGCAUGUUAAUUCAGCUGUGGAUUCCAUGUGGUCUAUGGCCAGACAUACAGAAUAUGACUUGCCAUUUGUAACACAACUGCGCAGGCUUCUAGUCCACUAAGAAGCACAAUUUGAAGUGUUGGCUUUGACCUGUAAAGCCCUUUGUGUCUUAGGGCUCUUUGCUCCCACAUGAACCUGCCCUUAAACUUCCUAAGAGGUCCUUCUUUCAGUCCCUUUGCCAUCAUCAGUGAGAUUGGUGGUGACCUUUGAUUGGUCCUUUUUAAUCACCUCUGCCCUGUCUUUGGAAGAUUCUCCCCAGUCACCUUAAUCCAUGUUUUGCUAUUUUUGUUGCCAGGUGAAGACCUUUCAUUCUUCCAGGCUUUUUAGAUGCUGUCUUAAUCUGAACUGGCUCUGGUAUUAAUAUUUGGCUUUAUUGUUCUGCUAAUUAUUUAUUGUCUUGUGUAUUUAUUGCAUGCUUUCAAUUUCUUUGAUUGUGAGCUGCUUUGAAUAGUGGGAAAGAAAUAUUUGGAAUAAAUAAACAUGGUUUGCUUGCCU